AUGUCGAGUCGUCCCCCGAGCUCUCCGGAAUCAUAUCGAGAGCGUUUUAACACCACCAAGCGUCUCGCCGCCGUCGUGAUCUACCCUCGCGAGCACACCGGCAUCGUUUUGAAGGCGUUGCGAGGUACGCUUUUCACGCAGCGCGGGGUGCGAAACGUCGUGAACACCCUUCUUCCCCGCAUGCGAUUGGAAAGGGCGAGGCCGGCAGGCGGCUCCGAGCACGCCAGGGAAGAAACACCGAAGGACGCACCCGAAGGGGAGACGGAAAGGGCGGCGAAGCUGUUUCUCAUCGAUCCCGCGGUGUUAUCCCCGGCGGCGCUGCAGCCCCCGUCGCUUUCACCCUCCGGGGAGGUUUUACCGCAGCUGCUGCCCCUUCCGCUUUCCCCCGAGGCGGCGGCAGGGCGGUUGGCGCUUCCGCCCCAUCUCCUCGAGCGGCUGAACCGCGCCGCGGAGGGGUGUGAUGGCGGCCAAGGGGGGCUCUACGUCGGCCUCACCACCUACGAGGUGGUCCUUUCCUAUCAAAACUACACGAUGCCGGAGAUUUUACGCGCGAUUUUCGAUUCCGCCACGCCGGCCGAGGCGGGCGAGGUGAUCGCGUUGAGCGGCUUCGAGCAGGUCGGCCACAUCGCGCAUGUGAACCUCUCCAAACCCCACGCGGCGUACAAAUUCGUCAUCGGCCAGGUGAUCCUCGAUUGCAACCCCACCGUUACGGUGGUGGUGAAUAAACUCGACGCCAUCUCCAGCGUCUAUCGCGAGUUCGCGAUGGAGGUGAUCGCGUGGCGAGGCGGCUCCGGGGCCUCCCCUACCCCAUCCCCCUCGGAUCUGGCGGCCUUGGAUGCGCUUUUGACGGCAACGGUGCGGCAGCACGGCUGCGUCUUUCGCGUUCCCUACCACCGCGUGUAUUGGAAUUCCCGCCUCAGCCACGAACACACGCGGCUGGUCGCGGGCCUUCGCGCCGGCGAGGUGCUGUUUGACGUGAUGGCGGGGGUGGGGCCUUUCGCGAUCCCCGCCGCGCGGCGUGGCGUCGUCGUCCACGCGAACGACCUCAACCCCGUCGCCGCCGACUUUGCCCGGCGGAACGCGCGGCUGAAUCACCUUCGCGAGCUCUCUGAGGACGGCUCGGCGGGGAUUCGAAUCUACAACAUGGAUGGGAGGGCUUUCCUCAAGGAGGUGGUUUACCGUGAGGUGAUGGGCGAAACGGGAGGGGGGAGGGUAAAAGGGCGCCCGCAUGUCGUGAUGAAUCUCCCCGCCCUGGCGGUGGAGUUUCUCGACGUCUUUUCGCCCGCGGAUGGGAAAAGUCCGUGGCGGCGGCGGGUGGGAUCGCCCGAUCGUCGUCUUCUCUUUCACGUUUACUGCUUUUCCGCCGCGGCGGAUGUUUUGGCGGAUGCCGUGCGGCAGGUAGAGCACCACCUCGGCUACGCCCUCCCGGAAGAGAAUCGCGAGGCCGUGCAUCUCGUGCGCGACGUCGCGCCGACAAAACGGAUGAUUUGCGUGAGUUUUACCCUGCCCCCAGCCUUUUGGGAAAGCCAGACGACGGAUCCGAUGGGCCUGGAAGAUCCUCCCACGAAGGACGCUAGCCUCGUCGAGGAAGGGGGGGAGAAUCUGACAAAGAUGCGAAAACUAGAGCCCUGA